AUGGCUGCAGGUGUGGCUACCUGGCUGCCUUUUGCCCGGGCCGCUGCAGUGGGCUGGCUGCCCCUGGCCCAGCAGCCCCUGCCCCCAGCACCGGGGGUGAAGGCAUCUCGAGGGGAUGAAGUUCUGGUGGUGAACGUGAGUGGACGGCGCUUUGAGACCUGGAAGAACACGCUGGACCGCUACCCGGACACUCUGCUGGGCAGCUCUGAGAAGGAAUUCUUCUACGACGCCGACUCGGGCGAGUACUUCUUCGAUCGCGACCCAGACAUGUUCCGCCACGUGCUGAACUUCUACCGCACAGGCAGGCUGCACUGCCCGCGGCAGGAGUGCAUCCAGGCCUUCGACGAAGAACUGGCCUUCUACGGCCUGGUCCCCGAGCUCGUCGGUGACUGCUGCCUGGAGGAGUACCGGGACCGCAAGAAGGAGAAUGCCGAGCGCCUGGCUGAGGAUGAGGAGGCUGAGCAGGCUGGGGACGGGCCAGCCCUGCCGGCGGGCAGCUCCCUGAGACAGCGGCUCUGGCGGGCCUUCGAGAACCCACACACGAGCACCGCGGCCCUGGUUUUCUACUACGUGACCGGCUUUUUUAUUGCCGUGUCGGUCAUCGCCAACGUGGUCGAGACCAUCCCCUGCCGUGGCUCUGCGCGGAGGCCCCCGAAAGAGCAGCCUUGUGGCGACCGCUUCCCUCAGGCCUUUUUCUGCAUGGACACGGCCUGCGUGCUCAUCUUCACGGGUGAAUACCUCCUGCGGCUGUUUGCUGCCCCAAGCCGUUGCCGCUUCCUGCGGAGUGUCAUGAGCCUCAUCGAUGUGGUGGCCAUCCUGCCCUACUACAUUGGGCUUUUCGUGACCAAGAACGACGAUGUCUCAGGCGCCUUCGUCACCCUGCGUGUGUUCCGGGUGUUCCGCAUCUUCAAGUUCUCCAGACACUCACAGGGCUUGCGGAUUCUGGGUUACACACUCAAGAGCUGUGCCUCUGAACUGGGUUUUCUCCUUUUUUCCCUCACCAUGGCCAUCAUCAUCUUCGCUACUGUCAUGUUCUAUGCUGAGAAGGGCACAAACAAGACCAACUUUACCAGCAUCCCUGCAGCCUUCUGGUAUACCAUUGUCACCAUGACCACUCUUGGCUACGGAGACAUGGUGCCCAGCACCAUUGCUGGCAAGAUUUUUGGGUCCAUCUGCUCACUCAGUGGCGUCUUGGUCAUCGCUCUGCCUGUGCCAGUCAUUGUGUCCAACUUUAGCCGCAUCUACCACCAGAACCAGCGCGCUGACAAGCGCCGAGCACAGCAGAAGGUACGCUUGGCAAGGAUCCGGCUGGCAAAGAGUGGCACCACCAAUGCCUUCCUGCAGUACAAACAGAAUGGGGGCCUCGAGGACAGUGGCAGUGGGGAGGAACAGGUGCUGUGUGUCAGGAACCGUUCUGCUUUCGAGCAGCAACAUCACCACUUGCUGCAUUGUCUAGAGAAGACAACGUGUCAUGAGUUCACAGACGAGCUAACCUUCAGCGAGGCCCUGGGAGCUGUCUCGCUGGGUGGACGCACCAGCCGCAGCACCUCUGUGUCCUCCCAGCAGAUGGGACCCGGCAGCCUUCUAUCUUCUUGCUGCCCUCGCAGGGGCAAGCGCCGUGCCAUCCGCCUAGCCAACUCCACUGCCUCGGUUAGCCGUGGCAGCAUGCAGGAGCUGGACACACUAGCAGGGCUGCGGAGAAGCCCUGCCCCUCAGAGCCGCUCAAGCCUCAAUGCCAAGCCCCAUGACAGCCUUGACUUGAACUGCGACAGCCGGGACUUCGUGGCUGCCAUUAUCAGUAUCCCUACCCCUCCUGCCAACACCCCAGAGGAAAGCCAACCUUCCUCCCCUGGUGGCGGCGGCAGGGUCAGCAGCACUCUCAGGAACUCCAGGCUGGGUACCCCUUGCGUCCUCCCUGAGACUGUCAAGAUCUCUUCCCUGUGA